AGGGCGUAAAAAAACGUGCUCCAUCAUCAUCAAUUCUUUUUCUUUUUAUUCUCGCUCGUAGAAAAAACAGAAGAAAUUUCGUCUUUCGCUUUUGCUGAUCGACAGUAGAGCAACCUAAUUUUUCGAAAAACUUCUAAACACUGUUUCUUACCACGACGCCCAGCAUGGUCUCGUUCUUUUCUGCCGGCACCAGUACUAGCAGCUUGAACGCACGGCGCUUUGCCGUUGCUCCGUCUGCACCUCGUUUGCUCUUGAGCGCUGCGGCGUUCUUGUGCAUGUCCUUGAUGUCGCUAUCGUCAAAUGGGGCGGUCUUCGCUGUGCAUCUGCAGCUCCAGUCCUCUGUUGAUGUCUCCGAACAAGGAAAUAUUAAGAGGGAAGAAAUACAACGCACCCGCAGUCGUAAGAGUGACAGCCGAGAAAUCGAAAUCAAGUCUGCGGUGUCUGGAAAAACACUGCUUUCCGUCCCGGUGGCGGGUAUUCCUUCUUGCACUGUUGCCAACGAGCACACAACUCUUGAUGCCUCCACUGCCGGAUCAACAACCUCUGGGUCUUCUACCUCAGCCGGUUUUACUUUCGAGCGAUUACUGUCCAAGAUUUGCUCCUUAGUACAACCGGUAGAAACAGUUCGAGCGAUUACUGUCCAAGAUUUGCUCAAGGCAGCGGCCUUGCUCCCAGAAGCAGAGGGGUCUUGGGCAGCGGCCUUGCUCCCAGUGAAAAUUGUCUUGGGCGACCGCGUCUUUGGUGCACAGGAGUGUCGUAACGGCACAGCCAAAAUCUCAGUCGACGAAGCGGUGAGACACGGCGUGUUUAUCAUACUGGACGCGGAGAAACUCGGAGAGUUGAGAGGUGAGCUGCGACACCUUGAAGAUGGACUGGGUAUCCUGGCCGCAGAUGAAGAAACCCGUGCUGAUAUCCUGGGUAAAACCGUUAGCGUUCCCAUCUUCCCAGAGCUACCAUGCAGAUUUGCAUCUACAGAAUCCUCUGCAAUUAUGCAGAUGAUCCGCAUCAGAGACAGAAAAAUUUGUAGUCGUGUUCUCGGCCGCGGAUUUGUCACGCUGUUAAGAGGAUAUAAUUUAGCAGGCGUCUUUGUGUUGUUAACUAGCACUACACUGCUGAUCGAAACUUGUCAUGCAUAAAAUCCCAAAAUUUGGCGAUUUGUGUUGCCGAUUUACCAAUCAUUGACUAUGUGGUGGGGACGUUUGUUAAGAGGAUAGGUAAGAAAGGCCGCCGAGAUAGGUACAUGAAGCGUGCUGGUCGUGCGGUCGCACAUGUACUGUUUUCCUGCGGACUAGGCUGUGCCUUCGCCAUUGUUCCCACUGACCACGACGUGCCGCGGCCCAUUGUUCUAUUGAUGCAGGGUUUGUACUUGGUGGCCUGCGCCGUCGUCGAACUUGGGAAGAGCAAUGAGCUUGAAAUGCGCGUCCGAGUGGCAGACCUUCGGUCGAUGCUUCACGGGUUGCCGGAGGUGGGCCCGCCGCGCGGGGAGCAGGAUCCGGCAGCAGGCUAAUUUCGGGCUCGUCUUUGGGUACUUAGGAGCUCUUACCCGUUCGUGCUUACAGGUGCUGAGCUAGUAGCCGCCGAAACAAAUUCAAAAAAUAUACUUAUUGUGGCACUCGCAGUAGGCAUGGGCUCUACGAGGAAUCGCUGGUGCUGUUGUUAUUCUUUGAAAAGACGAAGGCGUAUUAAACGUAAUGCAUUAUCCCCGUUCUUUCCUGUGAAGCACGAAGUAGACAAAUGCGCUCUUUCAUGGUUGAAAACCAAUGGCGUGGCGUUUUGCCACAGUUUUGAUUUCCAGUCGGAUUGAACAGUGUAAAAUUGAAGGCUUCGACGUAUGGAGCAAAAGGCUUUAGGCUACUUCGUGGAAGUACUUCUUACACGCAUAGUGUGGAUGUGGUGAGAUGAUCUAUUAUGUUUGUACGAUCUAGAAGUCUACUGCAAAAAAUAUUUUUGGUACUAUACGAGGUCGGCAAGAAGGGCAAGAACAUAGUGCCUGAUCUAUUUCUUGUAUGCCGGCUGCAGUACAUGUACAGAAAAUCAGCUUUGAAAGCGUUGGAGAAAAAAGCUAUGCGAGUUUUGAAUUAUCUGAACCUCCCGGAGUGUAAAAUGGAACUGAAGACAACUACAACUUUAUUAUUCUGUGGAGAAGAUUGCUGCCUGAUGCGAUGAUCGCAUACAACAGUAUUUUUCACAUGAUCUACAUCGAUCUACUUGCCUCAGGGCCACAGAUCUACAAGAAGUUGUGUACGAUCUUCAGUUGAAGUCCUAGUAGAGGUUUUCUUUGUAAAAAUAGCGCAACGCUAAACGUGUAUGAUGAAACUUUUUGGCACUGGUUUUGGUGAAACAAGAAGUACAUUUUGGCGCAUGAUGAAAAAAGUUUUCUUUUGGCAUUGCUAGUCUGGUAGUAGAGCGCAGAUUCGUGAACAAAUCGAAAAGAAGAUGAGAGCACAACUGCACAAGAUCGCAGAUCUGAGUCUCGCUCUGCCUCUGGC